UAUAAGGUUAUGUAUCGCUAAUGGAAAUUUAUAAAAAUGAUUUAGGAAAUUAUUCACAAUGCAAAAAAUGUAUUUUGCAGUAGAAUGAAUUCAGUUUUCACAUGGAAAACACGACUGAAAUACUAUAUUUGAACAUAUUCGGAAAGUACUUACACACAUAAAGAUGGAUAAACGAACUAUGUAUGCAUUCAGAGGAUGGAUAGCUUUUGUUGCUUUUAUGGAUUUAGGUACCGCUAUAAGGAGUUACAUAGAAAAAAGAUCGUUUCUUAGUAAAACUAUAUCCGAUUUAGAUGAAUAUGUAGAUGGAGAAUUCACUGCAACCAGAGUAUUAGGAGUGUAUUCAAUUUUAAAAGCUUUAGUUUUAGUCCACUGUACAUUGUAUAUUCAUUACAAACCGGUUGUUAGCAUGGGAGUUUGUUCCCUUAUUUCAAACAUUAUUCUUUAUCUUUCAGAAACUGUUUACUUUCGAGCUUCUACAUUUAACUUUUAUGUAGUAUUUCCAUGUAUUUUAAAUGCUCUAACACUGGGUGGUUUGAUAUAUCUACCAAACCAUCUUAAAAUAUGGGAACAUCAAAUGGAAGAUGAUGAGGACACGCUGAGAAUUGGAAUGUUGAAAAGAAAAAGGGGGUUUAGACAGAAAAAGGAGUAUUAGUUGAAUAAUUGUUGAAACAUAUCUAGUAGCAAGUUUGCAGCAUGUAAAACAUGAAAACUUGUUUUUGAUUGUUACUAUGAAUUAAAGAGUUUGAAAAGAA